AUGCCCUCUCAACGCCCUAUCAACACCAACCUCACGCCGUUCCAGCUUCUAAGUGAAAUCCUUGAUUUUACAAACGACGACCAACAUGACUGGUGGCAGAGCACUGGGCCAAUGCUUGCCAAAUUGCUUCAGGACGCAGGCUACAACAGCCGCGCUCAAUAUACCCACCUCUGCAUCCAUCACAAAUGUGUCGUACCAUUUCUCGGGCCUUACCCAGAAAAUGGUAAGGACCGGUGGAUGAGCAUCCUUAGCCGCUUUGGUCUUCCCUAUCAAUUAAGCCUGAAUUGUUCUAAAUCAGUUGUCAGGUUUGCAUUUGAGCCCAUUGGACCAUUAAGCGGCACUAAAAAGGAUCCCUUUAAUUCACAAGCUAUCUGGGAAUGCCUUGGAAAGCUUAUACGACUGAACCCUUCAAUUGACCUCCAAUGGUUUACACAGUUAAAGAACGACCUGGUAUUGGACAAAGAUGAAGCAGAGUUGGUCAUGGAGCAUGGUCUAGAUAGAGGGCAAGUCAGAACACAAAACAAAUUGGCCCUAGAUCUCAAUGGAAGCAGAUUCGAGGUCAAGCUGUAUAUAUACCCAUACCUCAAGUCAGUGGUUACGGGUAUCCGGAUUGAGCAGCUUAUGUUUAACUCUGUGCGAAAAUUGAACCAUAAUCAAAAACUCACCGUCCCUUUAUCUAUCUUGGAAGAAUAUAUCAACUCUCAUAGAAACCAAACGUUAACUACACGCUUGAUUUCUUGUGAUCUUGUUGAUCCGAGCCGGUCACGAAUUAAAAUAUAUGUGGCGGAGCAAUCAGUGGAUUGGGAGCAUUUGGAGGAUAUCUGGACACUUGGCCACCGGAGACAGGACCCUGCUACUAUUAAUGGCUUAAAGCUACUUCGGGAGCUAUGGGAUUUAAUCAAUAUCCCAGAAGGACUUCCCCUGUUAGCUAACUUUACUCUCUCCCCAAAGGAGCCGUACCCGGCGCCUCAAGUGUACUUUCAUACUUUUGGAAUGAGUGAUGCUGGCGUUGCAGAUGCCAUUGCAACAUUCUGCGAGAGGAGGGGCUGGGCAGAUAUGGCCAAUCUUUACAAGGACAACCUGUUUUCAUACUACCCUGAUAUAGAUGCCAAUGCAAUAAAUUACCUUCAAUCCCUGGUAUCGUUUUCGUACAGAGAUGGAAAGGCUUAUUUAAGUGUAUAUCUCCAUACUUUUGAGACUGGUGGUUUUAGAAAAUCUUGGACACUGUGA